AUGGCGACCGACCCCCCAGUAUUCGACCCCAGCGAGCACCCCCAUCGCCGCUACAACCCCCUCCUACGCGAAUACGUCCUCGUAUCCCCACACCGGAUGAAGCGGCCCUGGUUAGGUCAAGUGGAACCUCCCGCAGCGGACACGUUGCCUCAGUACGACCCGAAGUGCUACUUGUGUCCCGGGAAUAGCAGGAGCGAGGGUGCCGUCCUGCCGCAGUAUACGGAGACUUAUACGUUCGCGAACGACUACCCUGCUCUCCUGGCCGGUCCGCUUCCGCCCGCUCCCCCGGCGCCGCAUCCCCUGCUCAUCACCGAGCCCGUCUUGGGAGGAUGCGACGUCGUCAUCUUCCACCCGCGACACGAUUAUACCCUCGCACGACUGACGGUGGGAGAGAUAGAGAAGGUUGUGGUAGAAUGGACGAGGGUGUUCGUGCAGCGCGGUAUGCAGGAGGGGGUGAAGUACGUGCAGGUGUUCGAGAACAAAGGCGCCAUCAUGGGCUGCUCGAACCCCCACCCACACGGGCAAGUCUGGUCCAUGUCCUCCAUCCCUCAAAUCCCCAGCGUAGAACUCCGAAACCUGGUCAAGUAUUCCCUCUCCCCCCCGCCGGACCCGCCCUCUGGCGCACCGAGGGGCGAUAAGGGCAAACCGUGUAUGUUGUGCGAGUACGCGCAUUUUGAGAAGGGGGCCGGAGAGAGGGUCGUGCUAGAGGAAGGGCCUUGGGUGGCAUUGGUGCCGUGGUGGGCUGUAUGGCCGUUUGAGGUUAUGCUCCUCCCCACGCACAGGCACAUCAGCUCCCUGCUCGACCUGACGCCAGACGAGCGCACCUCUCUCUCCACCGCCAUCUCCCGCCUCACAAAACGAUACGACAACCUCUUUUCCUGCUCCUUCGCGUACAGCAUGGGGGUUCACCAGCGUCCCACGCCUAUGCAGCUGGACGAUGAGGGCGAGGCUGCGCACUUGCACUUGCAUUUCGACCCGCCGUUGUUAAGGAGCGCGACGGUGAAGAAGUUCUUGGUGGGGUUUGAACUUAUGGCUGAGGCGCAGAGGGACUUGACUCCAGAGCAAGCAGCCAAGAGGAUGAGAGAGCUUUCGGAGGUGCAUUAUCUUGAUUUAAUGGAUUGAGUCAG